AAGAGAGAAAGCACCGAGAAGACACGCAACUGGGCGAGGAAAGGUACCUUCUUCUUCUGCUGCUGCUGUCACGUUUCACAGCCGUAGUGUGCUUUUCCUUCUUCCUCAGCUUCCUACUUCUCCAAUCCUUCAAAAAAGUCAAGUCCUUGUUUGAGUCCCAAGUGGAGGCUUCUUCCUUUCCUUUCGUUUUUACUUCUUUGAAAACUCUCACGUCUUUGCCUACCACGGUCCACAUUCCACAAACCCAAAGAACAAGUCUAACUUUCUCUCCCUCUUUCCUUCUCCCACUUCUCUUUGUACUCCUAGAAUCUAUAUAAACCUCACUAAUUCGCCACCCACAAGCCCUGACCAGUUUUUAGCACGGCAUUUGACAAUUCUAAGGGAAAUCCCAUUUGGGUUCUGGUACAUUUUUUGAGUUGCAGACUUUUGGGAAUCUGAAUCUUUAUAAUAAUUUUCAAGUGGACCCUUGGCCAAUACAUUCAUCGGGGGUGGAAAAGAGAAGGAAGGAACUUUGAUAGGCAAGCAUGGGGGAUUCAUCUACAUUGGACGACUCACCGGUCGUGGAACUGACCGGUAAAAUAAUGGUGGUAGCCAUCAUAGUGCUCUUCGUUGUUGUGGUGUUUGUCCUUUUUCUCCACCUCUACGCCAAAUGGUUCUGGUGGCGCAUUGAAGGAUCCAACCCUUCUGCUUCUCGUCGCAGCCGCAGACGCCGCUUCGUCUUCGCCCCCGGCCAGGACCCGGCGAUCGCCGCCACCCUGAGAAGAGGGCUCGACCCCUUAGUCCUCCGCUCACUCCCCGUAGUGACAUUCGAUCCAAAUGAUUUCAAAGAUGGGUUGGAAUGCGCGGUUUGCCUCUCUGAGCUAGUACCAGGAGAGAAGGCUAGGCUGCUCCCCAAAUGCAAUCAUGGGUUCCAUGUUGAUUGCAUUGACAUGUGGUUCCAGUCCCACUCCACCUGCCCGCUUUGCCGAGACCCAGUUGCUCCUGAAAGCUCCGAGGCCAGCAACAAUCAUAGUGUCGAGGUACAAGAGGAUAUCGAGUCCUCAGGAGAUGAUUCAGUCGCUGGGUAUUCUGUUGAAUCUCCAAAUUUCCCCACAAACGUGCUGUUUUGGGGAAACCAGGCUCGGGUAAGUUCUAGGGGCGCUUGUUUGGAAGAAGGUCCUUCUUCUCAAGUCCCUCCUUGUCCAUCGCCUUCUUCGUCAUCAGCAGUUAAUAGCAGGCCAUCGGACGGAAUGUUGGUGAUUGACAUACCAAGGCCGAUGACUGAGAAUUUGUCAUCCUUAUCCCCUUCGGCAAGCAGGUUUGCCGAGGAGGAAUCGAAGUCGCCACUGCCUGCGAGACUGCGGUCAUUGAAGAGGCUUUUGAGCAGGGAUAGAAGGGCAAGUCCUUGUAGUCCCGGUUCUGUUGAUGUUGAGCAAGCAGGGAGAGCACAGACUUAGAAGCAAGUCCUUGGUAAUUAGAUUGAACAUAUUUGCUAGUACGAAUUCAGUUCAGGAUUAUUUGAAGAAAUGUUUCUGGCGAUGAGAAAUUAUUAUUUGGAAGGUCUUGAUGACGUCCGGUUCUACCAUCCUAGAAAAAUUGGUCCUUUUGGGGAAGAAGAAACUCCCCAUGUUAUUUUACUCAAUGUUCUUUUAUUCUUGAUCUCGACAUAGAUAAUUAAGAGCUCGAGGUGGGAGAUCUCAACGAUCUGAAUCUCUUGUUACAGAGGAAGUUUGUAUAUUGUAUGAAAGUAAAAUUGAAUUACCGUGUUAAAGAUGCA